AUGUCACGCUGUCCCUUGACAUCAGACCAAGUACAUGCCAUAUUAUCCUACCUGGAUCUUCCCAUGAGCGACAAUCUACCUCAAACACCACUUGAAUUCCUUAACAAGCAUCUGGCGAAUUUACCUCCAUCCUUACUAGAAUAUUUCGAUUUCAUUACGCCUAAACAAUUGACAUCGAUACCUGCGGUAAAACAUCGUCGAUUGAUCUAUGCCACAUCAACACCUCGUCCGAGCUUACUGAGUUGCUCAGAAGGUAGAUUACGUUGGCCAUUAUUAUGGGAAAGGCUGGGUGGUGAUCCACUGGCCCAAUCUAUCGGUGUAGUUGAAGAAGAGGAUUGGGCAAAUAAAGGGUUUAUGAGUGAUGUUGAAUCUUCUCAACAAGUGAAGAAGCUAGGAGGCUUCUUAAGGAUAUUGGAAGAAGAAAGAGAAGCUGAACAUGUUAGAGAAGCUAAAAGGAUGGAAAGAAGAUUAGAUAAUCAAGGUGAAGAAUUUGAUGAAGAAUCAGACGAAGAAGAUGCGGAUACCACGGCAGCGGAUAUAGGUACAAAUCACAUGACUGUACAACAGGAAAGACCUAAGAUAAAUGAAAAUCAAGGGGAAGUAGAAGAACUGUUUGAGAAGCGGUUAUUAGAGAUUUUCCUAGAUGGAAUGGAUACGAUAGAUUACUCUCAGAUUGAUUACGUUGAGCCUCCCGGCGGGGAUCCGAUAGCCUUAAGAGACGCUGAAGAUAGGUAUUUUGACGACGAAGAGCCUAGUAAAACACCGAAUGGACAUGAACAAGGAGGCGGAAUUCUCGAUCGAGUGAAUGAACCCGUCUUACAGAAUGGUCAAGGGGAUUAUGAUUAUUAA